GUAGUGCUUCCGGGCCGCACCCCGAGUCCCUCCGCGGCGGCGAAAGCGGAACCAAACGCCUGAGGUUUCAGCCUCGUCGCCAUGGCCGUAUUCAGAUCGGGGCUCCUGGUGCUGACGACGCCUCUGGCCUCCUUGGCUCCCCGCCUGGCUCCCAUCUUGACCUCGGCGGCCCGCUUCGUGAAUCACACCCUCUAUGUACACCUGCAGCCGGGCCUGAGCCUGGAGAGUCCGGCCCAGCCCCUGUCCAGCCCGGUGCAGGUCACCUUUGAGGUUCUGGAUUUCAUCGCGCACCUGUAUGCAGGCGCCAACCUACACAGGCACCUGGACGUGAGAAUCCUGCUGACUAAUAUCCUACCCAAGUCCACCUUUCUGAUGCCCGCUUCCGUGCAGAAUCUGUCCCACCCGCCAGAAGUAGUGCUGACAGAUUUCCAGACCCUGGACGGAAGCCAGUACAAUCCUGUUAAGCAGCAGCUAGAGCGCUAUGCCACCAGUUGUUACAGCUGUUGUCCACAACUGUCUUCAGUGCUGCUCUACCCCGAUUAUGGGACUCAGGAGCUGCCUGUGGAGUCCUUGAAUGCCCCCUUACAUUCUGCUAUCAGACCAAUUUCUCCCCUACCCAGAUCUCAAAAGCAGCCUGUGCGUUGCUACCGACGUGGGGCUGUGGGUGGCACGUUUGACCGUCUGCACAAUGCGCACAAGGUGUUGCUCAGUGUUGCCUGUGUCCUGGCCCAGGAAGUGCUUGUGGUGGGAGUGGCAGAUCGAGAUCUGUUGAAGAGUAAAUUGCUCCCUGAGCUGCUCCAACCUUAUGAAGAACGCGUGGACCAUCUGAGUGAGUUCCUGGUGGACGUGAAGCCCUCCUUGACUUUUGAUAUUGUCCCCUUGCUGGACCCCUAUGGGCCGGCUGGCUCUGACCCCUCCCUGGAGUUCCUGGUGGUCAGCGAGGAGACUUAUCGCGGGGGGAUGGCCGUCAACCACUUCCGCCUUGAGAAUAACCUGGAAGAGCUUGCUUUAUAUCAGAUCCAGCUGCUGAAGGACCAGAACCACAAGGAAAAUGAAGAGGAUAAAAUCAGCUCCUCCAGCUUCCGCCAUCGAAUCUUGGGAAAUUUGCUUCGGCCUCCAUUUAAGAGACCAGAGCUCCCCUUAGGUCUCUACGUGCUCGGGCUGACUGGCAUCAGUGGCUCUGGGAAGAGCUCAGUAGCUCAGCGGCUGAAGGGUCUGGGGGCAUUUAUCAUCGACAGUGACCAGCUGGGUCAUCGGGCCUAUGCUCCAGGUGGCCUUGCCUAUCAGCCUGUGGUGGAGGCCUUUGGAACCGAUAUUCUCCAUCAAGAUGGCCUCAUCAACAGGAAAAUCCUGGGCAGCCGGGUAUUUGGGAACAAGAAACAGAUGAAGAUGCUCACAGACAUUGUGUGGCCAGUUAUCGAAAAGCUGGCUCGAGAGGACAUGGAGAUAGCUGUGGCUGAGGGAAAGAAUGUGUGUGUGAUUGAUGCUGCCAUACUGCUUGAAGCCGGCUGGCAGAACAUGGUACAUGAGGUGUGGACCGUUGUCAUCCCUGAGACUGAGGCUGUACGACGUAUUGUGGAGAGGGAUGGCCUGAGUGAAGCUGCUGCUCAAAGCCGGCUGCAGAACCAGAUGAGUGGGCAGCAGCUAGUAGAACAGAGCCACGUAGUGCUAAGCACCUUGUGGGAACCGCAUAUUACUCAGCGCCAGGUGGAAAAAGCCUGGAAUCUUCUGCAGAAGCGCAUCACCAAGACUGAGGCCCAGGCCUGACAAUAACUUCUCAUGGGGCCAGUCUGGAGCUUGGAGCUGAUAGAUCCAGUGGUGAGAGGAAUAGGCACUUGGAUGCUCACACUGUCUCAGGCUUAGAGGGGCUUUGGGCUAAGCUAUGCAGGACAUAGGUGGGCCUAGUAAAUAUAAGAUGCCUCUCGAACAUGCUGGCAUUUGACCAACAGUAAGGAUGUGGAUCACAGGGGGAGCCUGGCUGGGGUCCCAUCCCCAUUCAUGCCUAUGGGGGGUUUGAUGUUCAUCACUGACUUCGGUCAGAACAAACACUGGCGCUUAUAACAGUAUUAAAGGUGAAUGUUUCCAUGUGCUA